AUCGAGUUUAAAAUACCGACACUGCGCUUGCGGGUAACGUAAAGUGUAGAAAUGCAGCGGAUAUCGUGAUCUAUUAUUAUGCGAUUAUUCGCCGAAAGGAAAAAUGGUAAAUUUUCCGGAACUACUGGGAGCGGGUAUUUUUUUCGUCAUGGAUUGACGGCCCUGAUCGUCAGAGCAAAGUGGUUGGUAGCAGCACUCCGCGAGCGACCGAGGGGAGUGGGAAAUGGGCAGGGAACAACAGCAGUUUGUGGCAGUUUGUGGUGUUUGUCCGCGGUGUCGCUGAACCAGUGAUAUAAGCUAGAGCAACGAUAUUCUCGUUCUCGCAUAAGGCGAAAGAGGUCAACAAAGACCCUUCUCGUUCUCGGUGUGAUCACUUCUCUUUACUAUUUCCGAGGAUAUUCGGAACUGACGACCGUUUUCAUGUCUCGGUGCGAGUACGGCUACCUACCGAAACUGCCUAUGAAGAUUGUAGAACGUUAGAAAAUGCUGGGAGACGAUCCACCGUAUCUGUCGGUUGGUACGGAGGUAAGCGCUAAGUACAAGGGUGCGUUUUGCGAGGCUAAAAUCAGGAAGGUUGUGCGGUCGGUGAAAUGCCGUGUAACGUAUAAGCAGGGCUUGGGAACAGCGACAGUCACCGAUGAUCAGAUAAAAGGCACGCUCAGGGUAGGGGGGCUGGUCGAAGCCAAGCACAAUGACAGAAAGGAAUUCGUCGAUGCUACCGUCAACAAAAUACAAGACUGUAGUCAGUACACUGUCGUUUUUGACGACGGAGACAUAACGACUCUCAGACGAACUGCUUUGUGCCUGAAAAGUGGCAGACACUUUGCAGAGAGUGAAACUUUGGAUCAGCUGCCUCUCACUCAUCCCGAACACUUUGGUAAUCCUGUUAUCGGCGGUAGGAGGGGGCGGAGAUCCAGGCAAGCUCAGGAUGAGAGCAGCGACGAUGAGGAAAGCCCACCGCGAGGUGUCAGAGAAUCGGGUUCCGGAGGUGUGGGAAAAGAACAAGUCGAAACAGAACCAGAGAUUGGUAGAGUCGUGUGCGUAGAGCUUGGAGACAAGAAGAAAAAGGACAAUUGGUUCCCAGGGUUGGUAGUUGCUCCAACUGCCCAGGAUACAGUCAGGAUACGUGUCCGAGAUGACUAUCUAGUUCGUUCAUUUAAGGAUGCCAGAUACUACACCGUUCCAAAGAAGGAAGCAACAGAGUUCACCAAAGAAUUGGUUAACAAGGUGGAGAAUAAUGCGCUCAAAAUUGCCGUUGAAAAGGCAUUGUUAUUUCUCGACAAAAAUGAACUUCCACCUCACUGGGACAGGGAUUCUUUAUUUGGCAAUGCAGACUCUAGCGGGAACAGCGAUAGUGACGCAGAACUGGAUUCCGAUAGUUCCGAUGACGAGCCAAGGGAGGAAAAGGACCAUUUUGUUGCACAGCUUUACAAGUUUAUGGACGAUCGAGGAACUCCGAUAAACAAUUGUCCUAUGAUAGGGACACAGGAUAUAGACUUGUACAGACUAUUCAGAGCCGUUUACAAACUGGGUGGUUACAAUCGUGUCACAAAUCAGAAUCAAUGGAAGUCCAUUACUCGUCGACUCGGUUUUCCCAUUCAGAGUACGUCGUCAACUCAGAACGCCGUGAAACAGCAGUACAAAAAAUUCCUUCAUUCUUUUGAAGAUUUUUAUAGGAAGCUUGGUUGCACAAUGGUAAAUCACCCGAGGGGCAGUACCAGGAAACAGAGACCCGGCAGGAGUCUGAUCAGAGACAGAGACAGGAAUACGCCUGUCCCGCCACAGAUGCCCUCAACAAAGAUUGAGAAGGAGGAGGAAGAAAAAGAGAAAGACAAAGACAGGGAAAGGGAGAAGGAGAAAGAAAAGGACAAGGAAAAAGAAAAGGAGAAAGAGAAGGAGAAGGAGAAGGAGAAGGAGAAGGAGAAGGAGAAGGAGAAGGAGAAGGAGAAGGAGAAGGAAAAGGAGAAAGAGAAAAGAAUCGAGGAGGAGGAAAAACGGGAGAAAAAGGAGGUGAAGAAGGAGCCGAUGAAGGAGGAGGAGAUUGUGAAGAUUAAGAAGAAGGAGGAAUUCGAGGAGAGCGGGAGCGGACAAGACAGCGAUGUGAACAUCGACGGGGAGGAGGAAUCGUCGUCUAGCGAAAAAUCACAGAAAAUCGUUGCCACAUUGGCGCCAAAGACAAAGCCGCCAGCAAAGCUCAAAGAUGAAAAGAAAAAAACUGGGGAAAAGAAGAAGGGAGAUGCGAAAAAGCCGGAGAAGAAGGCGGAAGACAAGGUGAAAGAGGAAGAACAGCUAACCGUGACCAGAUCCAAGUCCAAGGAUGACACGACCAAGGGUAAACCAUCGAUUACCGAACCCAGAGACGUUCGAACACCAUCCGCGGAGACUGAGAAGAAGAUUCCCCCGAAGCAGCGCCGACCUACCGAAGAAGAGUUGAAAAAGCGCGGCAGAAAACGUAAGGAAAGCGAGCCGGAAAAGCCGAGGCCCAUGGAGGAAAUGCCCACCGAUCCCGCACCGUCGUACAAAGGGGUGGUUGACCUCGGAGAUCGUCUCAAGGUUUACUACGGGCCUAACCACGAGUCUAAAGUAACGUACGAGGCAAAAGUAAUCGAUAUAGAGAAAGAGGGUGCUGAGCCGGUUUACCUGGUCCACUACACCGGCUGGAACACGCGAUACGACGAGUGGAUAAAGGGCUCCAGGAUUGCGCAAAAUUUCACACAGACUCAAGGUCGCGUAAAGCGCGGCAAGACCACUCCUAGGCCACAGACUCCAAGUACUGCGGGCUCCUCUGCGUCUAGUAAACUAGCCAAGUCGUCGGCCCAGAACAGGAGAAGGGCACACAGUGUAGCGCCUACCUCCGUAACUACUGCAAUACCAACUGCGUCGAUGAUGAAGGAGGUCGGGAAGCGGGACGAGAAGGAGAAGGACGGCCAUCCACCCCGAUCAAGCACACCGUCUUCGGUCGCAAGUUCAAGUUCCAGGACGAAGAGCCCUGCGACUCCAGCCGUAGGAAGGCAGACCAGAGUUACCAGGAACAACGACUCCUCGGGGCUUGAACCGCGGAGACGUACCAGACGCAUGUCUGGUCAUACAGACAUAUCAGUGGUAUCGGAGAGCGACAGCGAUGCCUACGAAUCAGACACGAUGGAGCCGGAGCAAACAAGGACAAGAUCCAGGGGAAUGGAAGAGCGGAAAAAAAACACGAGGCAACGCGGGGAUGAUGAGGUGAAAACCGAGGACUGCAGCGAAGCUGAGGAGGAGAAAGAUGCACCUGAGGAGCUCAGAAGGGGACGUAGGCUCAGGAGAACGCCGGGAAAGAAUCAGGCAGUGAAGUCAGAGCCUGAGAGCGACGAGGAUCAACCCAAGGGUCGGGACUUUGAUCUGAAUCAGAUCAGAUCGGAGCUGAAGGGCUUUGAAAAGGCUGUCAAACUCGACAUGAUUAGGGUUGAAAGGGAAACGGAAGAGGCGAAUCUUGAGGAGAAGGAAAGUGAGGACAAGCCUUUGGUCCCAAUGCCCGCAUCACCGAAGGCAGAGAAGAAACAGUUAGAGCCGCCCAAACUCGAAGCCGUUGUUGAAACCAAGACUGCCGAGAGCACAGAAGAUAUUUACGAGUUCAAAGAACCGGAACCUUUCGAAUUUGAAGUAAGAAACAAACGGGACUCGGGCGGUGAGAAGGACAAGGUUAAAAAACGCGUUUUCGACGAGGAGCCGAAGAGCCCGAAGAAAAAACAGAAGGUACUACCUCCGUUGCCGAAGGAAAUAAAACUCGAGGUUGACGGCGAUCCAAAAAAGAGAGUUCGAAGAUCUUUAAUUAAGAGGGUGGAAGACGCGGAUAUUCUUCCUCUGUCCGGGAAGGCCAGAUCUCAGCUCGCCUGCGAAGAGGCAUUCGACAAGCUCUGCGAAUCACCUUCUUUCAGCCCCUUGAAGCCUGUUCCAGUAACAGAGGAGGCUGGAAAAGUAACAACAACGCUCGACCUGCUCUUCAGCGACCUGCCCGGUGACGAGGAUGGACCAGCCGACGACCCGGAGGAUAGGCUAAUCAUAUCGGAGGCUGAGGAGGCCGAGCAAGAGAAUCUCUUCACUUAUCAACAAGAAAUUUUUCCAUCCAACGACAUUCCCGAUACCAUGGAGUUCAGUAAGGAGGAGGGCAAGGACCAAGAAAAGGCGUCCAAAGAGGAACCACUACCCGGUGGCAACAAGUCGAUGCUGGCAACUAGCGCAGAGAUCAAACAAUCCACCAAUAAAAUUUCGCUGGCAGCUGUCGCGACUGCCGCUGCAACUAUUCCUGUCGAAACGAAAACUCUUGACAUCAAACCCUCUGAAAUUUCUCCCGCUCUGUCCCCUGCCCUCGUAGCCCCGGCUCCGAUCAGCACCAGACUCCCGGCUACGUCGACGAUAGAGGAAAAACUGUCAGCAGCAGCGAUGGCAUUCAAAAAUAAAACCAAGGAUGGCCGACGGGAGGACGAGGAGCAGAGGAAGGCGGCGAAGGAGUUGUCGAAGAAGUCGGAGACGUCUGUUAUCGUGAGAAAGGGUAAGGAUGAUCAGGUAUCGGUGAAAAUCGCGGACGUCGAUAACAGUGUUGGUAAGCGAGGCGAAGAUGGAAAAGAAGAGAAGACUGGAGAGGAGGCGAUGAGGGUUGCAAUCAAGCAGAAACAGGAGGAACUCCAGCAGUUGAAGAUGAAGAAGGAGGCCGAACUCAAACGCGCGGCGGAAGCCAAAGCCGCGGCUACAUCAGCUGAGCAAAAGAAACUCGCUCAAGAUAAGCUGGAGCAGGAACAGAAGAGGAAAGAGGAUGAGGUUUCAUCGUCGUCUAGGAAGGAGGAGGAGCGCAGAGAUCGUGAUCAGAAGGACAAGGAGAAGGACAAGCGGAAACGUGUCAUAAGCCAGGAAUUCAUCGACUCGACGGACAGCAGCGAUUCGGAGCAGCGUCUUAUCAUUGACAACGAGGAACCGCCAGAGGAGAAAAACGCCACCUCGAAUUUCGACAUCAAGCUACGAGCCGAGCUUGAGAAACUCCAGGACAUCCAGGAAGGAAGGAACGCUCAGAUUCAGCCUCCCAUCGAGGACCCUGCUGUUCUAGAGUGUAAACCUCUCAUUGUUAUACCGCUGCCCAAAACCGAAGAAGAGGCUGAAAACAUCAGCUCUCUUCUCUGUGAAGAGGAGAUUCCGGGCUCCCCGGCUCCCGUCAUCGACAGCGUCGAUCAGGCCAGUGCUUCUGCGGCCAAUCAACUACCCUCCCAGGUCAAAGUCUCAGAAAGCAACAUAGUUUUGUUGGAAAUGCCGUUCGCUAGCGCUCCUACUUCUGGCCAGACCUCUGCCAGUGUUGGUACUGUUUCUACGAUCAGCGUCGCGGUGUCCAAGAGUUCCGACGUUUCCGUACCCGUCUCGCUGCCCGUCCAACAGGCCCUCGUUAUUGGAGCUAGAGCUCAACCUCUUCCCCAACCUCUUCCUCAGCCACAACCACCAGCGGCUCCUGUGGCAGUCCAACGACGGGAGAGUAACGAGGCGGCUCCAGUGAUGGACAACACGCCGCCCACGACCCCGGAUUCGACUAUUUCAAACAUAUCGGGUUCACCGAGAGGUGAGGGAACAGGUGGAUCAUCGCCGCUGUCGGAGGACAAUACCAAGUCGAACAGGGAUAGCUCAGAGGCGGACAACGAUGCAGCUGGCAAAUGUAUUAGCGGAGGUUUUAGCGAGGAUGAUACCUGCAUGAAUAACACCUCCGAAGGCGGUGGUCAGGAGAGAGAGGCAAAAAUAGCCGCCAAGAGAACUGCCGAAGAAACCCAAUCACCCAAGAAGCGGAAACGUAGCAGAAAACAUUCCGAAUGCGGUAGCAAUGUUGGAAAAAAAUCGUCAGGCACUAGACACUCGUCAAGGCAUUCCAUGCGGCAUUCCGCCGCCGGAAGCGACAGCGACGACACCAGUGAAAGCUCUAAUAUGAUAUGCGCUGGUAAUUCGAACGUCACCAAUCAUCCUAAUAUUGCAACAAGUGUUACAGAUCUCGUUACCUACUCAACCAGGUCGCCUAGACCUUUGAAAUAUAACUUUUACGUCGAGCUCGAUCCCGAGUUGGAUGGCAGCCAGCGUAUCGCUGUGCUGCAGCAAAAGCUUGCGGAAUUACGAAAGACUUACAACGCUGUUAAGGUAGAACUUGCCGGUAUAGAGAGAAGGAGAAAAAAACUGAGACGGAGAGAACGUGAAGCAUUGAAGGCAGCCAAAGCAGAGAUGCAACAAGCUUGCUCGUGAUGAGAAAACAAAAACGAGAGGGACAAAAAAGCAACAAUCGAGCAGAAUUUUAAAGCAAACUAACUACUUAAGCCGCCUGACGCGAGUGCAAAUAUGAAACAUUCAGUGUGAGUUGUAGUCAACGAUCAUUAUAUUAGAGUAGGAUAUGCGUUGGGAGGAAAAGAAGAAGAAGUAGAGAAAGGAGAAGAAAGAAGAGCAUCAUGUUUGUGAUUUGGGCACCUGCAAUUGUGGCAAAAAAAUCAUGACAAUUUUUAUCUCUAUCGUAUUAUACACACUUGUCUGUCUAUCUAUCGUUGGUAUAGGUAUUUUAACAUUUAAAGGUUUAAUCAAAGUUGUAGAUAUAGCAUUUACGAUCUAGAUUUCAUUCUAAUAUUAAUUUUCAGAUAUGAUGCUUCGAUGGAUAAUUGCGUACGCGUCGUUAUAAGUUGUUGUGUUUUUUGUUUUAUUUUUAUUUAAAAAAAAAUUUUUUUUUUUCAAAUUGUGUCUCAUUUGAAAUAUCAUUAUCAUUCUUUAUGGUAUGCAUGUUGAACUUUCGCGUUAUUUCUGACAUUUUUGUUAUCCAGGGAGUCCAAGAAUUACGUAUGUACACAAAAUUAUAGGGGCGAUAGAGGGGCGACCCCUCCUGAGUAAAUUAACCCAAAGAAGAUCUGAGAUCUGCGAAGUCGCGUUAACGUUCGCCGGUUAAAAAAUCUCGCUUAGAGCCGUCAUUCAGCCAACAGAGUCUGCAGCAUAGGUUUCGUAGAAGUCUUGUUGACAAACACACUCGAUUUGCAAAUUUCAAACAAAAAUACUCACGACAUUGAAUUUUCACUAAACACGACGACGAGGACGUGCGAUAGAAAUGGAUAACGCUUUAAAAUUUAAGAAAUUCAAAUGAAAGUAUUUCCAAUAUUAAAAUUUAUUACAAAAACCAAUCGUUGCAAGACGAAUUUUUAACUGGUCGUAUCUGCCGAAUGCGCCUUCGGAGACCACAUGUUCUUCAUGUAUAAUUAAUUCAGUUCCAACCCCUCUGUCAUUGUGUGUAUAGUUAGUUCUGCGAUUCCCUAAGUAUAAGGGUAUUUAUUUUAAAUCUGGGCAGACUUCUAGAGUGCGUAGGCGCUGCCUAGGCAAGCAUUUUGAAGUAAGACACCCAUGGUCGGAAACUCAUCCUAACAGCUAUGGCAGGCUUUGAAGGAUUUGUUACCGUGCGCUUCUUAGUAGUCUAACGAAUCAGAUGUGAUCACUUUCGACCUAACGUUUUAUUCAGCCGUAGACAACAGUACAAAGUUUUUGUGUAAAGUCAACAAAACUGUAAGCAUAAAAAAAAAAAAAAAAAAAAAAAACUACAAACAAUGAAAAAAAUAACAAAACAAUUUUUUGUAUUUUAUCCGGUUCAUUACAAUACGAACAAGGGGGUGGUACCAAAUUUUUCAAAGCUCUCCACUGUUGUUAGGAUGAAUUUCAAACUAUAACGGCGUCAUUACAUUACAUACCCUAGAAGUGUAUCCAGAGUUAACAUGAAUACCCUGCAUAUAUACAUACACAUAGGUGUAUGUAUAAAUGUGUAUAUUGUACACAUACGUGUAUAUAGAGUACAAAAAAUUGUUCAAUUAGCAACGACAUUAAGUAAUAUGAGUCUUCUGUCAACGAUAAAGGAAAAAAAAAAAAAAAUUCAAACUUUAUAAUUGGGAACAACAAAAUCUCCUGACCUAAAAUUAUCAUAGUAGAAUUGCUAUACUUAAUUAUAGAUGCGUGGGGAAAAUUUCAAUACGACAAAAUCGUUCGAUUUUGUACGAUUUUGUCUUUGGUUUUUUAUACCGUAGGAAUGAAGCAUCGAGAAGAAAAAAAAAAACGGAAGAACCUGAAAACGCGUUGAAAGAUACUGUUUUCCAAUGAAACAAUGAGUAAUAAGUGAUUGAAGUAACUGUGAUCAUUAUUUGCAAAGAACAAAAAAAAACCAUUGUUAAUUACGUGUAUCUACAUAAAUGUCCUUGCACAUUUCUGCGUUAUAUGCAUGCAUUUAACAAAGGAGGAUAAUGCCUCGUUUUCGUAAAUCUCUAAGUAUCAUUACGACGAAAAUAGAAAUGAAAUCGACCAUUGCUACAAUAUAAACAGUACAUGUUUCAAUAGUUUUAUACUAUACAUAUUAUAAUAAUAGGAAUACUAAUGUAUCAGACAAUGUGGAUGAAACCAGUAUCCUUUGCCACGUUUUUCAUACUUCGUAAUAUAACACUAACAACACAAUAUUGAUCGGCAGAUUUUCUUAAAGUUUAGAUUUUAGAAUCGUACUAAUUACCGGAAAGUCCCGUACUAUCGGUUUCAAUACGUAUUAUUUAGUUUUUAUUUUGUUUUAUUUUUUUUUUUUUUUAUCGUUUAUUCUUUUCUCUCAAUGUAACGGAGAGAACGCAAUGGCGAUUGAAAUCUUACAAUAAGAAUCAAAAGCUGGAGACACGCACACAGAUAAAGAACAAUACCAUUUUGGAAAGCGAUAUUUGCCUAGUAAAUUCGCAAAAGAAUUGAAAUUUCAUAUAGAUGUAACGUGUUGUUAUAUAUAGUAGGUAUAUUUUUUAUAACGGCCUGGAGAAUGAAAAAGUUUGAGGUAGUUGGAGGGAUAGAGUGAGAGAGAGAUAGAGAGAGAUAGAGAUAGAAAUAACUACAGGGUGAGAAACUUUCUUCCCAAAAUGCCGAUGAGUCGUGAAAUUUAUCCAUAAAUAAUUUGUAAAUAAUGACGAUACCGAUGAAUGACAGUAGUUGUAGCGUGUAUUUAAAUUAAUCACCAGGUACGACGUUUAUCCAAGAUUUACUAAAUAGAAUUGAAAAAAAAAACGCAGAUACAAUGGAAGCUUGUGGUUUCACUUUUUGCAUUUAAAAGUAAACACGAAAAAAAUAUUUGCAUAUAUCACAUGUCAGUAGCGAGAGGACUUCUUUGAAAAACGUGAAUACAAUUCAGUGCACUUCUCACCGCAGAAUUUGAAACAAAACGUAGAUCUGUUAUGAUUUUUCAAGUAAACGGCAGCUCGUGUUACGAAACGCAGAUCAGAUAAUUUUGUGUAGACUCAGAAAGAGAGAGAGGAGACUAACGUUGACCACAUGGUGUACAUACAUUACACAGAAGUACGAGUGACGAGCGAUUCUUGAUUACAAAAACUGCUGGGUCAAUAAUUGUCAUAAAUCGAUAAUAUUCUAAUGAAUACGUACAUAUAUUGUAUAUGAUUUUAUUGCCUUUUAAACGAGGGGCAUUAUUAUUAUUAUUAUUAUUAUCGAUGAAUAAAUCUUACUAUAAUACAAAAUAAUCAUAACAGUAACAGCAUUCAACGAUCCGAUGGAUUUUUUUCUUCCUUACUUUCAAGUACCCGCUAGGUAAUAUUAUUAUUAUUUAUAACAAAUUUUUUUCAUGUAGAAGGGAAGUCACCAUUUUGUUUCUCAACACGUUUAUACAGAUAUUUAUUUAUUACAUUACUAUAUUAGUAUCAAUAACAAUAUUACAGUUUGUUUUACCAUACAUGAUUGGACGUUGUGUACACGGCGCGUUUGUAACAUUUACAUUCCCAAAUACACUAUAGAAAAGUAAGAGACGAAAAAGAAAAAGAUACAAUUUACGGUGAACACAUAAUACGAUAAUUAUAAUUUUACAAAUAUACUUGUAGUGUACAACACUAUAAUAUCAUUAUACAUACAUUACUAUAUACGGCACCUAGAGGAUUACGGGUACUAAUUUAAUUUAAAUAUCUAUUCAUUACAUGAAAUUAUUAUACUGGUAAAUUUACAAUUGGCGUAUCCACUUGUUCGACGUAGAAAAGAACAAGAGUUACACCAGAAUAUUCACUUCGUAUUGCGUUUUAAGUAUUGAAAAUAUGAAACUUGCAGAUACAAAUUUUUUUUCUCCAAUGUUAUUUCAUCUUCAAGCUUGUCUCCCUCGAUUAGUAUUUUAUCAAAGAGAAUUAGUACUGUGUAACAUGAGAAUUAUAGCCAAAUUGUGAAAUAUAUUUGGCAAACAAUUUUCACUCGCAUCUAAGUAUCCGACGAAAAAACGCGCGUGAGCGGAAUUUUGAAAUCGAUGUUUGGCCAUGCUUUUGUUUUUGUAGUUUUUUUUUCUCUUCCCUUUCUUCAAACUAUAUAAAAAUACGAAAUUCUACAUUUAGAUGUCGCAAUUUUAAUAAUGGAACCUUGAAAGUUUAUUUUUUCACUCGUGUAAGGGGAAAUUUGCACUCUCUGUAGACAGAAUAUUUUGGUUUUUAUCUGUUCGCGAUAAUCGCAAUGAAUCUGGAAAGAGCAAAGCAAUAAGACUCGAAAAUACGAAGAAAGUAAAGUGGGAAACAUUGGCUUCCCAUCUAUUCGCACGCAAAAAAGUUAAAAUUAAACAAAGAAAUAAAUGUACGAAGACAAAAGAUGGGAGCAUCGUAACAAGAACCUCCUUCUCCUCAGUCAAUAUGACCGAAUUAUCGAACAAAUUGGUUAUCGUUGACAAAAAGGAAACAUUGGCAUAGAUGUAAAUCAUCGGAUAAAAUCACAAAGAAAAGGAAGAAGAGCCAAAGUUCAUUUCAUACUAAUUAUAAUUAUUUUGGUCUUAUUGUAUGGCAUCUUCUGAUUUUCGUUUCUAUUUUCAAUCAAAUAGAUAACGGAAUAAUUCAAAUUAAUCAAAAUUGUUGGAUAACUUCUCCUUUCGAAACAUACAGCACCCUCUGUCCUAUAAAUAUCUCCCAGCGACAUUGGAGUUGUGCAAUAAUAUUUUUAUUUGUUUCAUCAAAUUACGAUCAACGAAUUUAAAUUAAAUCUCUAUACUUUACCAUCUGCAUAUUAUAGAUCUGUUAUAAACACAGAAAGAAAAUAUUAGAAAAACAAGAAAUAGACAAACCAAUCGUGUAUCACAACAUACGCUGUUAUAUCUCUGCAAUAAUGUUUCAUCAGCCUGUAUAUCUAUAUAUGUAUCUAUCCAUCUGUUUUCAGAUCUAGAUGUGAAAAGCUAGCAGUAGAAGAAUAGAGAUUUAACAUCGUGGCAAAAAAUUACCCUGCUCCCGCCUUUCCUCUACGGCAUUAUAUCACAUAAUUAUGGUGAUGAACGAUACGUACAAUACUUAUGUCUGAUUCCGAGACACAAGAAAAAAAAAAACGCAAAGUACAGGGAUAACUGUGGAAGUGGGGCAUCAAUUUACAA